CAUAUCACUGACAACAUUAUAAUUUUGCAGGAGACUGUUCAUUCCAUGGCUAAGAAGAAUGGAAAGAAGGGUGUUAUGCUUCUGAAGGUGGAUUUGGCAAAAGCAUAUGAUAGGAUUGAUUGGGGAUUCCUGGAGAACACCCUUAAAGCUGCUGGAAUUCCUGACAUCUGCCUGAGUAUGAUCAUGGAAUGUGUCACCUCAAUGGAAAUGCAGGUUCUGUGGAAUGGAGGAGAAACAGCAAGCUUCAAACCGACCAGAGGGCUUCGCCAGGGAUGUCCCCUCUCACCCUACCUCUUUACAUUAUGCAUCGAGAGAUUAAGUCACUGCAUUAUGAAUGAGGUUAAGAGUAAAUGUUGGAAACCUGUUAAAAUUGCCCCCCACUGCCCUGAACUUUCCCACUUAUUCUUUGCUGAUGACUUGGUUCUUUUUGCCGAGGCUUCUUGCAAACAAGCUGAUAUUAUUAUGAGAUGUGUUGAUUCCUUCUGCCAUGCCUCAGGGGAGUUGAUUAGUAAGAACAAGUCUAGGGUCUUCUUUUCUAAGAACACUAGAACCUGUGAUAGGCAAAAUAUAUGUGCUAGACUUGGAAUUCAAUCAACUCCUGACCUUGGAAGGUACCUUGGGGUACCUGUCUUACAUGGCAGGUUGUCCAAGGUUACUUUUCGUUAUAUUUUGGAGAAUAUGGAUAGGAGGCUUUCUUUAUGGAAAGCUAGAACCCUUUCAUUAGCCGGAAGGGUUACCCUUGCUAUGAGUGUGCUCAACGCUAUACCUUCCUAUGCAAUGCAAACUUCGUUCCUGCCCCUAUCAAUCUGUGAUGCCAUUGACCAAAAAAUCAGAAGCUUUGUCUGGGGUUCGAGUGAGGGAAAGAGGAAAGUACACCUGAUCUCUUGGGACAAGGUGUGCAAACCUAAGAAUCAGGGGGGACUUGGUCUUAGAUCAGCUAGGAAUAUGAACUUAGCUUAUAUGGUGAAACUGGCUUGGAAUCUGUUCAAUAACGAGGAGGACUUAUGGGUUAAAGUUUUACAGGGAAAGUACUUCCACCAUAAAGAUGGCAGAAUCCACAAGAUGAAGAAGAGUAAUCACUCGAGUCUGUGGAAGGGAAUUGUUAAAGCGAUGCCUUUCAUGAAGCAAGCAACCCUCUGGAGUCCUAGAGAUGGAGAGACCACUGGGUUCUGGACCCAACCUUGGGUGGCUAAUGGGCUGAUCCUACAGGACUUUGCUUCCAGUGAGCUAUCUGAGGAGGAGCAGAACGCAUCAGUUGCUAGUUGGGUGGAUGACUCAGGUGAGUGGGACUGGGAAAGGUUGAGAAGGUAUCUCCCUGACAGUUUGAUCAAUCUUAUUGCAGGCAUUGAAGCACCAAGAGCUGGAAGUGGUGAGGACAAAACUGUAUGGGGGAUCGAGAAGGACGGGAGAUUCAGACUUAAAUCAGCUUAUUCAAUGGUGGCUGGGGAACUGGAAAGCUCACCUGUGCAACUCUGGAAGGACCUCUGGUCGUGGAAAGGGCCGAGUCGAAUUAAACAUUUCUUAUGGCUUGCUAGCCAUGAGAGAUUGAUGACUAACACAGAAAGAGAAAGAAGGAAGAUGACAGAGAACAAGGCGUGCAACCACUGCACCACAUCAGAAGAAACCACAGAACACAUACUGAGAGGCUGCUCGAAAGCCUCGAGCAUUUGGAGGCACUUUCAUGACAAACUUGUGGAGAAUGACAACACGAUGGACUUCAGGAAUUGGCUGAACAGAAAUCUGAAGGAACAGGGCAGAGGUAUUGAUUUUGGGAUUGUCUGCUGGAGCCUCUGGAAACAGAGGAACGAAGAAGUGAUGGAUGGCAAAACCUUCUCUGAAGCUGGCCUGAUCUCUAGAAUCAAUGCUUGGAUCAAUAUCAACAAGCAAGCUACUUCCAAUGUUCAGAAAAGCCUACUGCCAAUGAAACAAAGCAAAUCUGCCCGGGAGAUUGCUUGGAAACCCCCACGUGAAGGCUGGAUUCAGGUUCAGACAGAUGGAUCUGUUAUCCAGCCAUCAGGUCGUGCUGCUGCAGGUGGACUUCUUCGAGAUCACCUUGGCAGAUGUCUAGGGGCGUUUUCUUCCAAUCUUGGGGCUUGCUCAAUCACCAGAGCCGAAUUGAGGGCAGCAGUGGAAGGCCUGGAAAUGGCUUGGAAGCUCGGCCACAGAAGAGUUGAGCUUAAUCUUGACUCAACCACUGCUCUCAACAUCAUCAAAAACAGGGAUCAGACUGAUCACUGCCAUGGAGCUAUUGCUGAUUAUUUUGGGGAGUUACUUAGUAGGGAAUGGAAUGUUGAAAUGAAACAUAUAUUCCGUGAAUGUAAUUUUGCAGCUGAUUUCCUUGCGAACAAGGGUCACUCCCUCUCUUUUGGCUCACAUCUCUUCAAUGUGAGCGACCCGAACCUUUGUUAUUGGUUAUUUUACGACAACAUGGGUAUUUCCCGUUGUCGUGAGGUUAAUGAGAUGAUCUAGGGUGCUGUUGCACCUGUUUUCUACCAAAAAAAAAAAGUGAGAGCUCUCCGGUUGCUUCAUGGGGUUACUAGCUACGUAAAAAUGGAAACGUCUUAAUCAGUGCAAGUAAUUUUCAUGGUCGUGGUCAUGGGUAUUGACUAUUGGGCUUUAAAGUGCAGCAUUGAGAGGAGAUGGCGGCUGGCGCCAUAAUUGGAUUUGGAGGAGCAUUUUAGUUUGGACAGUCUCCGUGGCUGCUAAUAUAAUAAGAGCCCCGUCUCAAUCUCUUUUACAAGAUUUCCACUCUAAUUUGAGUGCUCAAUUCUUGACUAAUGAUAAUUUACCCCCUCUUCCACCCCCACUUAUGAUUAGAGGGGCUUGGGAGUUACCACCAUAAUUUCUAAACCUGUUUGUAAACAAUAAAGUUCAGGUACUAAA